AUGACAGUUGAUAGUCUAGAGUGCAGCAUAUGCUUGCAAAACCUCGUUCAUCCUGCUCAAUUACCAUGUGGUCAUAUAUUUUGCUUUUUGUGCAUUAAAGGUUGUGCCUUCCACAGGCGAAAAUGUCCUAUGUGCCGCAGUAGAUUCUCGUCGCGUUUUUUCGAUGAUCCCAAGUUAAUAAAUGUUUGGGAUCUACGUGAAAAUGACCAAGAUAAAUUAAGUCACAUUGUUGACUUAUGUGAACGCUUGUCAACUUUACCUCAAUCAGUCAAUGAAUCAAACUCUAAUGAAUUACCAAGUUAUUCUUGGUUCUAUGAAGGUUUUCAAGGUUGGUGGCAAUACGAUGAGCGUACUUGUAAUGAGUUGGAGAAUGCAUUUAAUAGACAAUUAUCGUCAUAUGAAUUGACUAUUGCAGGUUAUGUAUACAGUAUAGAUUUGAAAAAUAUGACUCAAAUCCGGAAAGAUCGUUCUGGUCGUUUGCGUCGAAUUAAACGGGAUUUGUUAACCUGCGAAAAGAAGGGUGUAGCUGGAAUAAAAAUGUCCUCAAUUCAAUCAUCUAGCAAUAGUACAUCAGUGUGUAAACAGUUAGAAAUUGAGGAAGCCACUCAUUCCAACUCUAAUGGAGUUAAUGGGGGUUCAAUGAAUAAUCCGUCUUCCAACUUACCGUGUUCACAAUCCUCCAACAAUGGCUGUUUAGAAAGUGAUAGAUCAGAAGCUAAGCAAAUAGUAAGUGCAAGCCGGUCAAGUACACCAUAUUUAUCUGGAGAUGAAUGUGUUUCCACUAACUCACUAAAUUCUUCUGGAUCUCGUAAUCAACGUAAUUCAAGUCCGUCUACGUCAGGCGAAUCGUUGCGCCAUUACAAUCGUAAACGUUCUUAA